CUCUCUCUCUCUCUCUCUCUCUCUCUCUCUAUAUAUAUAUAUAUUCAGCACUGAGAUCGAUUCCAAAUUGAAAUUCAAGAGAUGGGGAACUUGGUUGGGAGCUUGUGGAGCUCGGAGCCGCCGCCGCCGAUCGUUCUCGUGCCGCCCAUCUUCGAUUUCCCUCCCCUCGCCGCACGUACCAGAAUGCUGUUUCCAGCUUAUGAUUUAUUAUUUGGAAAGCUAGCACUGCGCUGCCUUUUUGAGGACUAUUUCGAGCAAGCUGGGAAACUGAACACAAGAAUUAUGCUGAAGCCAAUUGAAGAUCCUCAUGUAGAUUUGGUGGCUACUUUUUCUGGGCCCAUUGAUAAAAAAUCAGGACACGAUAUCAAUGGGAAUGCUGUGCUUCGGUGGCAAAGGGAUUUAAAUGAGCCCAACACAUUUAUGGACCUCUCUGUGUCAGAUUCUGAACCCAUUUUAUGCAUGAGGUCAUCUGCGUAUUACCCCAAAUUCAGAUUGGGAGCUUUUGGCAUUUUCCCGUUGGUUGUUUCAAAUAGGGUUUAUCCAGAAGAUUAUGGAGUCAUGGGUUUGAGAUAUGGAUCGGAAUGUUUGUCCGCUGGGACCACAUUUAUGCCAUUCCCUUUGUCCAGUGAGACUCCAUUUUGUGCAUGGCUAGUUGGCAAGACUGGGAGGUUAACUACGGGAGUGAAAUUCAAGCCACUUGGUGAAGGGACCUAUCGUAUGAGGCUCAAGGACUUGAAGAACUGGAGCUACACAAUUGGAUAUGGAUUUGGCUCAGGCAGCCCCCUGAAUCCUUCAUUUAAUUUUAGCCUUGAAGUCGAUAGGAAUUCACAGCUGAUUGCGUCAUUCUAUCAGCAUUUGGUUGUUCAAAGAAGGGUAAAAAAUCCUUUGGAAGAGAGUCAUGUAGUUGGAAUCACGAAUUACGUGGACUUUGGCUUUGAGUUCGGAACAAGGAUUAUUGGAGAUAAAUCAUCUGAAAACUUAGACAAGUCCUCAUUUCAAGUAGCUGCAUCAUGGCAAGCCAAUAAGAACUUUUUAUUGAAGGGAAAGUUUGGUUCUCUAGGCUCUUCUAUAGCAUUAGCAUUCAAAUCUUGGUGGAAUCCUUCUGUUACAUUCAGCUUUUCAGCUGCCAAUGACUCUAAUGGGAGAAAAUAUGGCCUAGGACUACGCAUCGAAGCUCUUAGACAAGCCAGUUAUGAAAGGGCUGAUCCUAAUUAUGUAAUGCUGAAACCAAAUAAAGAGCAUUUGGCUGAAGGUGUUCUUCGCAAUUUCGGAAAGCGGCCGAUGUUUCAAUCGGAGAUAGAAUCUGGGAAUUACGAUCGUUUACCAAGAGAAUUGAGACCAUUAGGAAAGAUCUUGUGAUCGUUUUGUGUUCCCUGAUUUUUGAGUGACUCAGGGUGCUUCACAAGUCUAACCUGUGAAUCAUUGGCUCUAAUAACUCAUCCUUGUUUAUGAUACAACAAGGAUCAGUUAAUGCGGUAGUGUAGAUCAUUUUGAGUUGGAUAUCUUCAUUUUUUGUACUCAAAUUGUUGUAUUUUUUGCAGAAGCAGAGCCUAGAACUGCAACUGUGGCUUGCAUACUUCAUUUUACAUCCAAGAUCCCCAUUCACAUUUUUUA